AUGGAUUCAACUUCCGGCAAUCAGCUGCUCAGCUUCAUGGACGCCUACUCCGGCUAUAAUCAAAUCCUAACAUAUAAGGAUGACAAGGCAAAGACUUCUUUCAUCAUGGAGAGAGGGACCUACUGCUACAAGGUUAUGCCUUUUCGGCUGAAGAAUGCCGGAGCAACCUACCAAAGGCUCGUGAAUAAAAUUUUCAAGGAGCAGAUCGGCAAAACGAUGGAAGUCUACGUGGACGACAUGCUGGUCAAAGCCCCUAAGCGAGCAAACCACAUCAAGAACCCGGCUCGUGCACUUGCGACUGAAAUCCACACAACAUGUAUCAUCCGGCCGAUUCCUGGGAUACCUAGUAACUCAAUGAGACUUGUUCGUGUACCUGGUAGUGUCCAACUCGGCCGUCAGCUCAACUCUCAUCCGAGAAGAACUGGGGCCCAACAUCCGGUAUUCUACACGUCAAAAGCCCUUCUCGAUGCAGAGACUCGCUACCCAAAAAUGGAGAAGCUCAUUUUGGCCCUUGUAGUUUCCGCGAGAAAGCUGCGACCCUACUACCAAGCUCACCGAGUCAUCGUCAUGACCAACUUUCCUUUGAGGUCAAUCCUGCACAGCCCUGACGCAUCUCAACGACUCAUGAAAUGGGCUAUAGAGCUAAGCCAAUACGACCUCCUCUACCGGCCGAAGACUGCAAUAAAAGCCCAGGCUUUAGCAGACUUUGUUGCAGAAUUCACGCCAUCGACCGAAGAAGAGAAGUUGGUCAGCAAAAGAAAGAAAAGUUCGAGAGCAAAUAAGACUUCCGCUGAACCUGACCAACCUAGAGACAUGUGGCAGUUGCGCGUAAACGAAGUGUCAAACCAAAAAGGAGCUGGAGCAGGUGUCGUCAUCAUCAACCCGGAUGGAACCCUUUUGGGGCAAGCUAUCACGUUUGGCUUCCCGGCCUCAAACAACGAGGUAGAAUACGAGGCAUUGCUCGCUGGCUUGCGCUUGGCAAAGGAGCUGUCAAUCAAGAAGCUGGCCAUCUACUCAGAUUCCCAGCUGAUCACAAGGAGAAUACAUGGAGAAGCACCCAAGGAUGAUCUUGUACCUUGA